UGUAGCCAGCGUUCCAGAAAUGGGUAGGUGAGUUAGGCUAUUUAUCACCAACAGGGAAUAUACCUGGCCAAGGAACAAAGGUAUGUCCGCCUGUUCGUUAGUGCACAGGUAUACACAAAAUGGAGGAUGGCUUCAUAGACGAUGAAGAAAAUAAAGGGAAGCCGGUAGUGAAACAAUGGGAACUGAAUUAAUGUUUACAGACUCCUGCGUACCAGUAAAUAGGAAAACCUGCGUUGUCGGGACCAGCCUCACCAACCCCUGUUCUUGCCAAUCAUAUUUUGUGUGUAAUACAAACUUUGCAAUCAUCAACCAGACAUGCGCAGGAGGCACUUUCUUCGACCACACCAAAAACGCAUGUGAUACACAGAUCAAAGUGGAAAUUAACGAGAUUUGUAAAAGGACGGAACCAUGGUUACAAUGUGUGAAUGAGACAGGAGCUGACAUUGGGAAACUGGCACAGAGAUGCGGAGGUUCUUAUGUCACAUCAACUACCGUGGCGUCCCCUGGGGGUGCGACAGAUAAUGGAAAUACUGGUCUGAUUGUAGGAGUCAUCGUGGCGUGUGUUUUACUUUUUAUUGUCCUAGCCAUCUUAGUCUACUGUUGGUACAAACGUCAAAAUACUGGCAGCGCCAAAGGGAUGAAGGAUCACAAGGACAGUAUCAACAACCCUAGUUAUUUUAACAAGCCGGAACGCAUAGAGAGCGUGUAUGCACAGAUCGACGAUAACAUGAACAGUCCUGUGUAUAACUCCAACACACUAACCAGCACGCGCCCUCCUCUCCCUGGUAACAGACCAUCAUCAUCACAGUCAUCGACAGCUAGUGGUGUGAUAAGCCUUGACGUCAAUGGCACAGACCGGCGUGUUCUCGAUCUGGAAGGCGCGUACGUGGAGCCUACAACAACUGGUAAUGUUCCCAAGGUGAUGCGAACCUCAGACACAUUGGACUCUUCUACAGUUUCUGUGUACUCCGAGGUUCUGGAACCGGAACCGGAACCGGAACCUACCACUGGUGAUACAUCUACUCCCUACGAUAACUCAUGGCAGUCGUAGUACUCGGGACCUGAUAAAAGUGGCACACUUUCUUAAAAGAAAUACUCGGAUUUUGUCGUCACAAAGACCUUCUUGUGUUCUCUGUUUCCUUAUCUGCUUGUGAGAUGUUUACAUUAGGUAAUUUCGGGGCAUCAUUACUCAAUUUGAAAUGUUUUGCAGGAAGGUAAUUUUCGUGAAGUAAUCUUAUAUAUCAUUAAUUGGAUCAUAUUCUUUUACAAAUUCAAUACUGCUAAAAUCAUAACUUUCUUUUGAAGUAAAUGAUAAUCAGAAAUAUAUAUACUAAGCUUUUUCACCACGCUAGGUAAAGGUAAAGUGUUUAUAUCAAAGUGAUUCCUGUGUUUAAAUGUUAUAUAUUUAAACAAAAAAUAAGUGAAUGGCACUCGUCACUCAAAUUUUGAUAUAGGCCAAGGAAUUAAUCUAAUCGAGUCGGCAUCCCAACUUAGGACAGUUGAUGACAGGAAAGGUACUUCUUAUCAUUUAUGUAUAUAAUACUUUAUCUCCAAGCCAUAGUGUCCAUGACGAUGGCCUAUAGUAUAGACUGUGUUACUGGACAGUCACAGAUGAGUUUCCGACGUUACUCGGACGCCAUCAAGGACGUUACUGUCCCUGAAUUAAUUAAGCAUAAUACCUGUUAAAAAUAAUUUAUUCAUAAAAACAAAAUAAAAAACGUGAUAUUUCUUUGGUUAUUACUGCAUGUGUUUACGAAUCUAUACAAACUCCAUGUUUAUAUAUGUGUGUAGAUAAAUCAACGGCGAAGUUACAAAGGUAACUCAUGCUAUCGGAUAUGUAAUAUCCUAUCACAUGAUGCAAAGAACUUAGGAUAUCAUAUGUCACGGACUAGUUUCUUUUCUAUGAUUAUCUGAAUGUGAGUUAUUGUUAAUAUAUCAUGUAAUGAUUGUUUCGUAAAACAGAUUUUAUUUGUAACCUACAAUUACAAUUGACAUAUUAUUCAUUUGAUGUGAUGGACAUUUGUAUUUGGUUCCGGCAUUUGUGACUUUAUCCAACUGUGCUAGGUUUGUUGAUAUUUCGUCUUUCUGAAGCUGAUGCGUAUCAUCCCUGAAUCCACCAUUAUACUGUGCAAUAAUAUAGCUAUUAACUACAUCUGUGACGUCACAUAAAUAUAUGACCCCUCUUUAACAAAAAAGUUGUGUACAUAUGCAUUUGGGUACAAACUGGUACGUGGUAGUUAGUAUCAUACUUUCUGAAGUGUAAGUGAGUGACCGGAUGUGACAAUUUUAAUAAUACAAUAUAUUCAUAUCAAAACUGGUUUAAAUAUUACAGUCUAUGGUUAGACGUAAUUUGUAUUUUCUACCACAAUAGGUAUGUGUUGGAAUAACUCUAAAUGCGUUGUGAUUGGUUUACACGUUGACCUUUGACCAGGACUAUUUUUUAAUUACGUUGUUCAAUGCGAUUUGACUGGCUAAUAUUUGAAAGCCGCUUCUCCAUGUCCGGGGAAUGAUAACUUUGUUCGCAGUUUUUUGUCAUAUUCUUGAAAAUAUAUAUAGAUUUCUAUCAAUUGAUUGCUUUGAAAAGAAAAACCUGCUUAUUAUUUGUUAUGAUUCUUAAUUAAUUGUAAAAUUUCAUACUUUUCCGAAAUUGUCAGUUUUGCAUAUUAAUUAGCGGUAUUCCAAUUUAGGUGAUAUUCUUACACCAUAACCUGAUAUUGUGAAAAGAACACACUUUGACACAUAACUGGUCAAUUUAUCUUCAGAAUAGCUUUUCUUUUCUGUUAGAAACAGAUCACAAAAACUCGUUGUUGUUGUAUAUGGUAUUUCUUUCACUCUCAUUAGUUGGUUUUUUGUAACUUUGGAUAAACUAACGAGAGUUAAAGAAAUACCAUAUACAACAACAACUCGUUGUGUAACCUCUAUUUAACAUAUGAACAUGACAAAACUAUUUGGAACACAAAGAAUCCACGAAGUAUGGCGGAAUUUUAGUUUGAUAUAUAUAAGUGCAUUCUCAUUUCUCGAAAUAUAAGAUAUUGAUAAAUAUAAAAAGAGGAAAUACUGUCCAUAAAACAAAUGGAAUUUUAAUAUUAGUUUAAUUAACAAUCAACUUGAGUUAAUUUACGUAGUAAAUAUUGUACUGAACAUGUCUGAAUGUUUGCAUUUAAUGUGUGCAGAUGCUGGCGUAAAAAAGUAUUGUUCAUUACUCAGGCUGACAGUGACUCAUUAGGUAACCAAGGGAUGUACAUGUACCCUUAUGUAUAACUUUAAGUUUAUGUCCAUACAUUUCCACAAUGCUCACUAACGUUAGAAUGUUUUUAAUUACAUUAAAAUUUCGUAAAUCAUCCGCAAAAAUGAAUUUAAAGAUCAACAUUAUCGACAUUAAUGCAACCGUGUGUUAUUAAUUCAUUUUGUUGGAAAAAGAAGGGGAGGGGGUUGCUACAGUCGAGCUGUAAAUUUUAUCACGAUUUCAUUUGAAAACACAAUAAAAUCACUAGUUGCCUCCCUUUUAACUGUAAAUGAUGUGUGAACAGAGUUGAACUGGAAUCGAUGGACAGAUUCAUUGUGUAGAGAUGUCUUAAUGCCGCGGAACCUACGUGCAUAUUCUGAAAUGAAGGAUCUUUUCACCCGACUUUCAACUGCUCACCUUAAAAUGACGAAUGUCAUGCAGAAACGUAUGAUUCGUUGAUUACGAUCCUACAGAUAUUUGUGAGAUAUUUGUUAGCGAAUGUUUUAAGUUAAGACAGAUCUAUCAGGUCCAGCUUUGAUAUUUGUAAGUUGUCAAUUUCAAUUGUACUUCAAUUGUGAUAUUGUUGCAUUUCUUUAGAAAUAUAAAUAUGAUUUUAUCACUCACUC